UAGAACUCUCCAUUACAUGCAUAUGUAAUAACUAUGCGGCUGGUGGUUUGGGUGUCUGUCGUGUUCCCUGUGCUUUACAGCCAGGGGACGGACGCCUGUCCUGACGAGUGUUCCUGUGAACAGUCAUCUUACUGUAAUGGGACUUAUGUAGGUUGUGCUUCUAGAGGGCUGAGCAGAGUACCGACUAACAUCCCCACGGACACUUGUCAUCUAAGGUUGUGGAACAAUGAUAUAACAACUUUAGAGAAUGGGAUUUUUGACGGAUUGACGAAUCUACAGACCUUAGACCUGGGCUUGAAUAAGAUAACAACGUUACAGAAUGGAAACUUUGAUCAGUUGGCAAAUCUACAUACACUAUACUUGUAUGGAAAUAAAAUAGCAACGUUACCAAAUGGAAUUGUUGAUGCAUUGACGAAGCUAGAGACACUAGACUUUGAGGGGAAUCAAUUAGGAACGUUACCAAAUGGAAUUUUUGAUGCAUUGACGAAGCUACAGACACUAGACUUGAGAAGCAACAAAAUAGCAACGUUACCAAAUGCAAUCUUUGAUCCAUUGACGAAGCUAGAGACACUAAACUUGGGUAACAAUAACAUAACAACGUUACCAAAUGGAAUCUUUGAUGCAUUGACGAAGCUACAGAAACUUGGAUUAUAUGGAAACCCUCUAAUUUGCAAUUGUCCAUUAGUCGACAUUGUUCUCUUGGUGAAAAGAAGACGAUUACAGUGGAUUUCCCGUCCUUCCUGUCACAGCCCUGUGACUCUAAGAAAAACAUUGCUGAAGGACCUGAAACUUCAAGAAGUAAUUUGUGAUUCAGAUUCCACCACCGGUUCUAUCCGCGUGGAAACAAGAGUUCCUGGUACGUAUUUUGGAUCAAUUUAAUCAAAGGUUGUGUGAUUACUGGUGGUACAUGUAGCUUAAAACCUAGGACAGUUAGCCUUUGUUCUAAUUGUUCCUUCGUCAAGUUUUCUAUAUUAAAAGAGAAUUUUUUUUUCCACUGAUGCAGAAACUGUCUUUUCGACAAUAACCGGAUUUGGAAAGUAUUCAACAUGUACCAAACAUGUUGAACAUUGUAUAGAACACUGAUUUGUAAAGUAGCAAUUUACAGUAUACGUCAAUGACACUUGAUGCAUGAAAUUAUCAGCAAUGAAUGUCAUUGUAUCUCUUGCCGCUAACAUCAUUGAAAACAUCGAUUUGAAAUGGCUUUAAAGCUUGAAGAAUUCCAAUCCACGAGGUAAACUCUUUGUGUAGAAAUUGGAUUAUUGUCCAAUAUCUAAAUUGCCCUCGGCAUCGGAAGUAAGUUUGUUAUUUUAUGUAGUUAUUUACAAAUAGUAUGACAUAUCCUAUAAAUGCAUAUUCAUGCGCAUAUAUAUAUAUAUAUAUAUAUAUAUAUAUAUAUGUGUGUGUGUGUGUGUGUGUGUGUGUGUGUGUGUGUGUGUGUGUGCAGAUACAUCUCUAAUGUUAACAAUUUGUCCCACUUACCAGUGUGUACCGUGAGUAGGAUCUAAUUUGAUGCGAUUUCGAAUGACUUUUAAACAUUACAGACAUCUGACAUCUGUCUACAUACUCAGAUCUGUCUUGUUUGAUAUGCCGCUGAUUAAGGUGUUGUCAUUAGAACGUGGAAACAGUCAUCAUUCUCAUACAGCUGACAAUACGAGUCAACUGAAUCUUUGCGUGAUCCUGAUUAAUUGUAAAGUUGUGAUUUUUACCUGGGGUCAACUUGUACAACAAUUUACUGUUAGUUAUUGUCUCAAAAGUAGCAUAGUCAUGUGAUUAGGAAAAAUGAUGAUACCUUUAUACAUUUCAAAUAAAUUUCCGCAAUGUAAUAUAUAUUAUAAAACAGCAAGAACUUUUUUCAUUCAUGUAUUGAAAUCCAUCAAACGGACACACUGUAUAAAAUGAAAAGUGAUCAAUUAGAACAGCUCACAAAUCAAUAAAACCAUGGAAGAUUCACCAAUGCACUGCUACCUAGAGACCGUAGUAGACAUGCAUCCCUGUCUUCAGCGCUGAUGGGCCUUUAUAUCCAUAUAUUCAACUCUGGUGUGUAUUUAUAUUCCAUUUGUCAAUUCUGGUGAGUAAAACUAUUUUCUCUCUCUAUGGAAUAGGCUGCUAUAAAGCAAAACAUCCUUUACGUAACUAUGUAAAAAGUUACACGUUUACUUGUUAUGUACAAGUUCACCUUUUGUUUGGUGUCUAUAAGGUAUGUGUUUAUGAUGGUGUAUUUUGUACGUCUGGAGAGAUGAGGGAUCGAAUAAAAAAUCACAUUAUUUUCAUGUUUAUUACACUUAUUACAAUGACGACAAUAAUCACAAACAUGUAAUACGGUAAGUUUUAAAUAUUAUUUUAUUAUUUAUUUCUAUUAUCGUAUUUGAACAUUUCAGGACAUCAGAAAAGAAGAAGAUGUGACUGUUGGGUAAACAAUGGCGUGGUCUGCUGUGGGUUUUUUCUUUGGAUCGGUGCCAGAUACUGACGGGCGGGUUAGGGUUGCCGGUUUUUCAUACCGUUUGUUACACCGUUCUUGAUAUACUGAUUUUGCCUAUGGAUUGCUUUGCUUACAUGGUCAAGAUAUAAGACACACGGCAGAUUAAAAUCCAGACACACAGAUGGGAUUCGAGCAUUCUACAUUCCGCACAUAAUUCAGAAGCUCUAUCCACUACGCCGCUGGCGUUGAUGACAUCUGUUGAACAUAACCUGUUUGGAAGAUAUGGAAUCACUUCAAAUUCUGCUGGUUACACCAUCCCCAAAUAUAUUUCAAGGACAAUAUGUUGAGAAGGGUGUAUAAAUGAUGAAUACUGGAUAGCACGAGGAUGAUCAGAAUUCAUCAGUACCUCCGCAACUAGUAGGAUUCAGAAGUAUUCAUAGUAGAGUUUUUCACCCCAAGCUCAAAUGAUGUAGUUGAUGCAGAACCCGCAUUCCCUAUGGUGAACUGAAACUGAAAAGUGCCACAGGAUGACAAAACUUUCUCAUGAUGGAGACGUCACCAAUGCCGGUGAAGGACUUCAAAAUUUAGGCCUAUGGUUGGAGCUUACAACCUUUGAGCAGGGGGUCUUUAUUCUGUCACACCUGCUGUGACACAGGGCCUCGGGUUAUGUUGUCUUAUCCGAAGAACCGCCCCGUUUAGUCGCCUCUUACGACAAGCAGGGAUACUGAGGACCUAUUCUAACCCGGAUCACG